AUGGUGGUAUCUGCCUCCCCCUGGUCCAGUGAGAAAGCAGAGAUGAACAUUCUAGAAAUCAAUGAGAAAUUGCUCCCCCAGCUGGCAGAGAACAAACAACAGUUCAGAAACAUGAAGCAGAAAUUUCUUGUAAAUCAAGUGGCCGGCUUCCUGGCCAACCAGCAGAACAAAUAUAAGUAUGAGAAGUGCAAAGACCUCAUAAAAUCUAUGCUGAGGGAAGAGCUGCAGUUCAAGGAGGAGAAGCUUGCAGAGCAGCUCAAGCAAGCUGAGGAGCUCAGGCAAUAUAAAGUCCUGGUUCACUCUCAGGAACGAGAGCUGAUCCAGUUAAGGGAGAAGUUACGGGAAGGGAGAGAUGCCUCCCACUUAUUGAAUCAGCAUCUCCAGGCCCUCCUCACUCUGGAUGAGCCGGACAAGUCCCAGGGUCAGCACCUCCGAGAACAGCUGGCUGAGGGGUGUAGACUAGCACGGCACCUUGUCCACAAGCUCAGCCCAGGUAAGGAUGAAAAUGAUAAAGCCGAGGAGCUUGAUAAAGUACAGGAAUCACUUGUCCCUAGGGAGGCACAGAAGGCUGAAGAAAGUGAAGUCCCUGAGGACUCACUGGAGGAAUGUGCCGUCACUUGUUCAAAUAGCCACGGCCCUUGUGACUCCAACCAGCCUCACAAAAACACCAAAAUCACAUUUGAGGAAGACAAAGUCAACUCAACUCUGGUUGUAGACAGUGAAUCCUCUCACGAUGAAUGGCAGGAUGCUUUAAACAUUCUCCCAGAGAAUCAAAAUGAUGAUGAGGAAGAGGAAGGGAAAGCGCCAGUGCUCCCCAGUCACCAUGAUAUGUCCCAAUCUUACCAACCUUGUGAAGGCACUUUCUUGGCACUGGAUGAACAGAAAGUUUGCUCUGCUCUGGAUGUAGCCAGCGAACACUCCAAUUCCAAAGGGGAAGAAACCCCACUUGGCUUCCCAGAAAAGCAACAUGAUCUUGAAGAGGUGAAAAGACAAGAAACAAUUGCUUCCAGGGUCAGCAGGGAAUCGCUGAGGGUGGACAAGCAUGAAGUCCCCCAGGAGUUACUGGAUGGAUGUUAUUUGAUUGCUUCUGUUCUUCCUGACCUGACUCAUUCCUGCCAGCCUUAUAGGAGAACCUUGUACUCUUUUGAAGAAAAGCAAGUCAGCUUGGCUCUUGUAGACCAAAUUAGAAAGGAUCAAGAGGAGCUAGUAGACCAAGACCCACCAUGCCCCGGGCUGAGACGGGAGCUGCUAGAGGUGGAGCAGGAGGUCCCAGAGAACUCCUUGGAUGAAGUUUACUUGACUCCUUCAGUUCCCCAUGACCUGUAUGACUGCCACCAGGCUGCUAGUGGCACCUUGUACUCAUUGGAGGAUCAGCUUGCCUGCUGUGCUCUGGAUAUAGCCUCUCCCACCCAGGAAGCUUAUCCCCACGAGCCUUGGAGUGGAGUCAUCAGCCAUCACCUGUCAGAGGUGCAAGCUUCACAGGCACAGCUGCAGCCAAGCACCCUGGUGCCCAAUUCUUUGCGACUACAGCUGGAUCAAGGGUUUGACUGUGGCUAUGGCUUAACCAGAAAGGGCGUUUCCUCCACCAUCUGCAGCUUCACAGCCAACGCUGAUCCUGGGAACCAAUGGCCUUUCCAAGAGCUGGGUUUAGAGCCUUCCCUUGCAAUGAAGAACCCUCCCCAGCUGGAAGGUGAUGCUCUUGAAGGUUCAGCUGACAACACACAUGGGCAUCAAGUCAUUGGCCACAUUCAUGCCUCAAGUGUCCUAAAACCGAAAAUGAUCAAAAGAAAACUGCCAUUCAGCAAGUGGAGACUGGCAUGCAGAUUCCCUGGCCUGCAAGCUUAGAGCAGGAAGAUUCCAAAUACUGUUGGAAGGAUGAAAAGGAGGAAAGGAUGUCACAAAAAGUAGCUUUUCCGCUCGAUGAAAAAAACUACAACAGCAAAGCAAGUUUAAGUCCAAACAACACUGCAGGGGUCCUUCACUGAGGAUUGAAUUUUAGACACAGAAUGCUCUUGAUGAUUGCAAACCACUAGGCUCCUUUGAUUUGAGAAACCACAAUUCAUCCCAUUUCCACUUGAGAUGAAUACCCAAGGAGACCAAUUCCCAGAUGGACAAACAGCAUUGAGAGGCCUUAGCCCUGCUCCUCUCAAUUCCAUCCUGUAGAGAACAGGAGUCAGGAGCCGCUGGCAGGAGACAGCAUGUCACCCAGGACUCUGCCAGUGCAGAAUAUGAACAAUGCCAUAUUCUUGCUGAAAACCCUUAGCCUGAGUUUCAUAGGAAGUAAUCAGCAGACAACUGCAGAAUGUAGAACACUGAGCAGGACAACUGACCCGUCUCCUUCACACAGUCCAUGUCACCACAAAUCACACAACAAAAAGAGAAGAGACAUUUUGGGUUCAAAAGGAUUGAAAAGAUAAUGUAGCUCACUUCUUUAGUCAUUUUGAACCCAAAGUAUCUCCUCAUCUUUUUGUUGUUGUCAUUGAUGGUGGUGACAUGGAUUUGUUUGUAGAGGACGUCAGCUGUCUGGCUCAAUUUUCUUCAUUCUGAAGUUGUCAGAAAAUUUGCUUAUGAUUAAAUUCAGCCUAAAUGUUUUGCCAGGAACACUGCAAAGUCAAUGCUGUGAGUUUCCAACCUCAGUCCAUCUGCGGGCAGAGAAGAUCCAGUUUGUCCAUCACCGUUAUUGUGAUAUCAGGACUGGUUACCUGGUUAAGGAGGGAUCUAGGAGAUCUGUCCCUUGUAAAGACACCUGAUUUAUAAUUAAUUUGGAUAGUGGUUUGAAAAAGUACAAAUACCCUGUAUUCUAACAAUCUUCCUCUGAGCAUUUUAUCAUCAAUUAAUCACCCCUGACUGUGUCAGUUAUUAUAUUUAUGUUUGUACAUUGGAAAUUUCUAUCUCAGUCCUUACUAUGAACUUGUUUCUGCUGGCAUUCUGUUGUGAAAAAGAAUAUUCCCUUCCCAAAUUUUAACUUUCAUCCAAGAUUAAUUUUAGUCUAUUAAAAUUAAAAUGUUUAUGUUUUAAAUCUGUUUAAUUAAAAUAUUCUUGCCUAU